CCGGAUGAGGGGUCUGAAACAAUUCUCAUCUAGGAAGAGAGUUAGCUUGACCAAACGGCCCGUGCGGUGCUCUUUUAUGGAAAACAGGAACCGGGGCUGGGAAAACGAGAUGGCGCGGCGACUGUCGUCUCCAAUCUAUUCUAACGGUUCGGAAAUGCCGAUAGAUGUAAAGGACGGGGUAUCCAUCGUCCUCCCGGAUGAAGGAACGUGGACAGACCUGGAGCCAGCCUAUCAAACUAUGAUGCUGGACGAGAAGGACGCGUUCCUCUGGAUAGAGACGAUAUGGACUAAGGUCAGCUUGACGAGAUUGUCGCCGAGCUUGAUGGACUUGGAAUUUCGAGGAACGGUGGAAGCCCGAGGGUGGGUCUACCUAUCUCAAGAAAGUGAAAAUGCGAUGGUGAUAGAAUUGGUAUUGGGGACUGCGUCGGACUUGCUGUUUAAGCAGGCGGAGCGAGAGGUAGUAUGGGCGGCGUGUCAACGGAUGGAAAUGGAGAGGGACAAAGUAGAGGAAAGGAUGGCGUCAGAGAAAGAGGUUGGGAACCUGCAAAGCAAUGGGAGUCAGUGCACGGAAAGGAGCACGGAACGGAACGAAGGGUCAGUAAGGGAUCGAGAGUCAGCAAAUCUGGAGGGAACCAAGGAAGACGGGAAGGAUCUUUCGACAGGGGAAAGUUUGGGAAAAUUUGGGGGAAGCAAACGGGGAUCCCAGGAGAAUAAGGAAGGGAGGGACAAGGAAAGGUCGAGUCCGCGAAACUCAGAUGGGGUCGUAUCCAAGAAAGUGAAACUUUCGGAUGCACGACGUAAGUUGGUAGAAAUAGAAAAGCGAACCGCGGAGUAUAAGGCAAAACUUAUUGAGGAAAUGAUGACUGGGAAUGAAAGGGGCCUUCCGGGGGAGGAACUACGAGAGGAGCGCAAGACCAGCCAGGGCGAAAUUGGGCACGGAGGGAAGGAUAGUAGCUGCCGGGGGACGUGUAGCAAGAAAGGGAAGGAGAAAAGGGACUCCCCGGACGUAGAAGCGGAGAAAGCUACGAACCCGCCUGCCAUAGACAGUGGUGCUGACCGUUUGCCUGCCGCCCCGAAAAUAACAAAGGGGUGCGAUGGACUUUGGAGUCUCAGAGAAAGGGUGUUGGGAUGGUUCGAUCCGGAAAGAACAACAAAAACCGGAGAGAAGCAGAAGGAUAGCAAGGAAGGAGAGGGGACCAGUACGGCUGGCGAAACGGGUAGCUCCGAGGGAGGUCUCAAAAAAAUAGUAUCCACCCUCUCCCGGGCAUUGAACAAAAAUCAGGGGUACCUCGCAGAUUCCAAGAGGAAACUCACCUUCGAUGGUGCAAACAUUACGGAAUUCCUAAUAGACUACGAGAACCUAGCAGCCUUGUUGAAAUGGAGCGAAGAGGAAAAGAUGGACCAUUUAGGGCAACAUGUGUCACUGAGCCUAGGGAGAGAUAUAAUGGUCAUCGUCGCCGUCAGCGGAUCCUGGAAAAAAGCCCGAAAUGAAAUGAUGAGAAAAUACUUGAAGGCGGAGAAAAUGGCAACAGAAGCUGAACUGGUAGUUGUUCAGAGGAAGAACUAUGCAACUUACAGCGACUUCCUGAGGGCAUUUACUCUAGUGGCAUUACGGAUUCCCGGGGUAACAGAUCGGAUCAUGAGCAAGUCACUUAAAGACGAAAUUUUCGGACCCCGGGGGGAACGGAUAAACAGGAAUUCGCCUGGUGGAAUCCGGCGCGUCAUUAUUGCCCUGAACAAUCUUGACGUAGCAGCCGUAGAAGCCGAGCCGGUAGCCGACGUCGUUUGGGACCAGCCGCCGGGGCGCGGAGCACAAGUCAAUUUCAUCCUAGAGAGUAAUGGACAGGAUAGGGUGAACAUUGCCACCCAACGGGCAGGGGCGGAAAAGAAACUUAUCCGAGACACAGUAAUGGAGGAAGUUGCACGAACCAGCGCGGAACAAGUUGAGCCUGGGACCGGGGAACCAGAGAAAGUCUACGGAAAAACGAGAGAAGAAGAGCCGACAGACAAAGUCACGGCAGCGAAGAAGAAAUUCAGAUAUCAGAUCUCGAUUUUAGCCAUGCCACUAAUCGAUGACACCCUGAGCAAGUUGUUGGGAACCAUGGUGUUUGUAUCCUUUCAAACUAUGUUGCAAGCAAGCCCGAGACUUCUCAAAGGACUCAGACAACUGCUAACUCGCAGACGCAUAGAGGUAGAAGAGGCUCUGGAACCGCAGGAAGAGGAAACGGAGGAGGCUGAGGCACCGCAAGGGGUCACCAACCUCCAGAGGAUUCCAGAAGACUUGGAGGACCUGGAAAAAACCUUUGCAGACAUUCGCUUAAGCUUGUCAGACCGAGAAGGUGGCGAAGUCAUGAGGGCACCGCCCGGAACGAAGCUCAGCUUCCAUGCACUGCCCGUGGGAAAGUUGAAAGUCCAGAUUGGGACCCAUCAUACUGACGCACUAGUAGACGGGGUGUGGAAAUCACGCUCAUAAGAAGAGACUUCGCAAUGAUCACGGGCUGUACCGUAAAUAAGGAGGUAACAGGAAGCAUCCAGGGAGCCGACGGAGAAAUUCCGUUCG